AUCGAGUCAAAUGAUAAUAAUGUUAUAAGGUAUAAGAUGUAGACUCUAAAUAAUCAUAUAUUUUCUUUGGUUUUUGUCAGAAAGAAAAUGUGAUCAAAGAAACGUCUCUUAUCGAAAUACUAAGUAAGAAACGAUCAUCGGGAACUUUAGAUUUAGAUAGAAUUGCUUCUACUAUUAAAUCUCUGAAAUUCAUUAAUUUAAAACAAAGCAAGUGGGUAAAGAUGAAGUAUAACGGUUUACUUUUAAAAUUAGUUAUUGUUUAUAUUGGAAUUUAGUGUGUGGUUGUGUUUAUCUGAAACAUGUUAACGAUAAUAUUUGUAAAAAUAGAAUAAAAUUCAAUUAAACACAUUUUAUUUGUAUAGUGAACAUCAACAAUAAUAAUAUAACUUUGUAUAAAUUCAUUUGUAAAAAUCAUACAUUCAGUUAUAUUCAGCUGUUUUAUGAUAAUGAAAUAUUUUUCAAUAGAACUUUGACUAGAAUCAAUCUGUUGUAUAGAAAAAAUAAUUUAUCUAAAACAUCGUUGAAAAUCAAUAUUAAUACAUUGAAACAUCAAAUAAUUUAUUGGAAUCAUAGUUAUUUGCGAGGAAUAAUUAGACCGAACGACAAUUAUUACAACAGAUUGUUGAUUAAUAUCAAUGAUGAUGGAAUAUCAAAUUUAAUUAUGAAUGAGAAUAUUAUUCAAUUAAAUAUGACAAAUGUUCAAAUUAGCUUUAUGUGUAUUGAAGACACGCUUAAUAAUAUUAUCUGUGAGAAAACUGGAAUAGAAACACAGUCAAUAUGGAAACGAAAUAAUAUGUGUUUAAUAAUCGAGACAAAUUCAAUUUUUCUAAGAUUAUCACAUAUUCGAUUAACAUAAUAUGAUAGAAUAAAAAAUUAUCGUCACGCACAAAUCUAUAUUGUUGUGGAAAUUAUUUUUAUUACUCUGCUUAUAUUGUUAAUUGUGGGAAUUGUUUAUUAUAUGAAAAAAAAUUGAAAAAAUAUGAACCUGAUAUUAUAAGUAUAGACUCAAAUAAAUCAGUUUUGACAACGAAAAGUUUUGAUUAUGGAGAAUUGAGAACACCUACUCCAUCAUCAUUACUUAGCAUUAUUGAAGAAGAUGAAAGUAAUGAUAAUAAUCGUACAUCACAAUCAAUGCGAACACAAAAUAGUAAUAAAAAAACAAAAGUGAAUACUACUACUACUGUCAGUACAAAUGUGACAAAUAGGAUAUUUGCAAAAUUAUUUUCUUCGAAUAUGCUCGAUUAA